UAUUAACGCAUAUGACCCAAAGCGGCUAGUUAACUUUGCUUUCUGUAGAUGGAUGGUCUAAGUGGCCCGGUAUACGAAAGUACACCGAAAAACUACAGGAAACGAAGUAUCAGACAAAUAAAUUUUGCAACACCCCAUAUUCCUCUAGCUGGCGGUGGUGCUAAAAGAGGGAGAUUGGCCGCAGAACAGUUAAACCUUUCAAACCAAGAAACUCCUGUUGAUGCACAAUCAGAUGUGAAUACAAAUGUUAGUUCCUCCCGCCGUUCUGUAAAUAAACAACUUGCUCAACCUAAACGAGUUGUUGCGACUGAAAAUCGAUCUCGUCAAAAUAACUGGAUGUAUGUGAAUCGUAAAGAAACAUCCGCAUCGAAAACUAGUCGUGUUUCACCUAUCAAAAGUCAACAACAACAACAUCGAAGCACCGGUCGACAAUUACAAUUAGUUCAACAAACACAACAACAACAAUCAAGUAGAACUGGAGCAACACUCACCUCCGGUGAUAAUCGUACAAAACGAAAGAAAAAAGUCACUGCAGGUAUAAAAGCUUUAAAAGAAAUUAGAGCUUUUCAACGUAGUACAAAUCUUCUCUUGAGAAAAUUACCAUUUGCACGUUUAGUCCGUUCCAUCACAGUACGUUCACUUGGUCCAGAUUAUUUAUCUUAUCGUUGGCAAGCAAUUUGUUUUUUAGCUUUGCAAGAAGCUGCUGAAGCAUUUGUUGUACAUUUAUUUGAAUGUGCUCAACGAUGCGCCAUACAUGCUAGACGUAUUACGGUGAUGUCAAAAGAUAUACAAUUAGUAACACAUUUACAAAAUAUUCCAACUACAUCACAAUUUACACAAUAUCAUCAUACUGUGCUAAGUCAACACCAUCAACACCUGCAACCACACAAACCACUACCACUGGGACAUUUGACACAGCCGAAAACUAAACAACAUCGUCAUUCCGAUUAUUCACAACAAUCUAAUGUUGAUGAAGAUGAUAGUUCUUAGAUGGUUGGUGUUUGUUGUUUGUGUUUUUUGCCGUGACUUUUCUUACCGACUGCAGUUCUUAUCAUUUUAUCACUUUGUGUGUGUGUGUGUGUGUGUGGGCACAGAUGGUGGUGUGCAUUUUGUGCUGUUGUAUUCUGUUAUGCACAUUCACAAUUCUAUUGUCAUGAUAACCUCAAUGCUCACACACUUGCGCCUGCGCAAACACGCAAACACACACACUCAGAGGUGUACAUAUUUACUAAUGAUUAGUCUCUUUUUCUAACGAAAUUCUCCGUGUGUACAUAGAAUUAAAUUCGAUUAGAUGAGAUAAGAUGAGGUUACUUCGUUUCGUUGUUUCUUUCUCUUCAUGUUUUCAUGUUUCCAUGUUUUGUUUUGUAAACCAAAAAAAGAGAAUAAUUUGCUUACUUUUUCUUUUUAUUGUUUGUAAAAUACUACUUAUUUACUGAAUAACUACUACUACUCACACUACCACUGGUACUACUACUACUACUACUACUAC